AUGACAGUGGACGAAAUAGCAUUAGUGUUGAUACACCCAGCUGUGACACAGGAGCCUGAGUUGUUAGAGUCUGUGAAGAGAGGGACGGUGCUUUUGAACACGAAUAUCGAUGGACAGUAUUUGAUUAAUAAGUUGAACGAUGGGAGCGUUUCGUUGGAAAGCGAGAAGUACGAUGUGAUUUACUAUGUGACGGUUGAGAAGCCCGAGGAGAUCCAGUUCCCAUCGAGACUAAUACCUGUGCUAGGCAAGGCUUUGAAGUUUGGGGGCCGGUUGUAUGGGUUGAGCGACAAGUUGAAGGUGGAUGCGCUUUUGAAUGGGUUUGAGGUUGUGAAUGCGAGCGAGGCUAGCGGAUCGGAGUACCACUGGCUCAGGAAGCAGAAUGCGGUACAGCAGAGUGCGCCCGUGAGCAUUUCGCUUAAGAAUGGCGCCAGUGCGAAGACUGCGGGGCUACCAAGUUUCAAGAGACUGAGUAGUAAGCCCGAGGGCAGCAAGAAGAAGCUGCCUACGUUCAGCAAGCUGAGCGAGAAAGUCUCGAGCGUCAAGCUGACUUCGUCGGACUUGGAGUACGACCCCGAUGUGUCUGACGAUGACAACGAUGGGGACUCCGUGGCCGACGACAAGAGCAAGUUCUUUGACGAGUUCGAGGACCCUGAGACCGGGGCCGAUUCCAUAGACGAGGACGCGCUAAUCACCGAGAUCAGCCUCGAGAACGACGAGAUUACAAUGAUCCAGUGCGGCAAGACCAAGCAGAGAAGAAAGAAGGCGUGCAAGGACUGCACAUGCGGCCUCAAGGAGAUGGAGGAGCAAGAAAUCGAGUCCAGAAGACUCAAGCAGCAGCAGGUCAUCAAGUUCUCCGAAGAAGAAUUGACAGAGAUCGACUUCACCAUAGAAGGGAAGAAAGUCGGUGGCUGCGGCUCCUGCGCUCUAGGUGACGCCUUCAGAUGCUCGGGAUGCCCUUACCUGGGUCUACCGGCAUUCAAACCGGGCCAGCCAAUCAACUUGAACAGCAUAUCGGACGAUUUGUAA